UUCGGGAAGAAUGGCCACCCUCGCAUCACUGGCCGGAACCGAGCUCGGCACGAGAGGCACGCCAGGCCGCUUUAGCUGACCGGGGCGAGCGUCAAUCACCGGGCACCCCUCCUACCCGGUGCCCGGAACGGAUGGGUAGAGGGGAGGCCGACAGGAAAGCGACGAGAUUCGGGAAGGGAGACGAGCUAACGCGACACCUCGGGAGGCUAACCGUGCUAGCUGGCCGCUUGUCACUACCGGGUCGGGCAGGGGGGUGGGGGCGACAAGCCCGGGGCAGCCGAGGCAGCCGAGGCAGCCGAGGCAAUUGCGUGACGAGCGGGGCGGUUUUCACCCAAGAGUCGCAGACUCCAAAGUGGACAUGAGCGGACCUGGACAGGACAGCGAACCGGAGGCCAAAGUCCUUCUCAUCAAGCGCUUGUACAGGGCGGUGGUGGAGUCGGUGCACAAGCUGGACGUCAUCAUCGGCAGCAAGGCGUCGUACAGGGAGGUCUUCAAGCCGGAGAACAUCAGCCUGCGCAACAAGCUGAGGGAGCUUUGCGUCAAACUGAUGUUCCUACACCCCGUGGACUACGGCCGCAAGGCUGAGGAGUUGCUCUGGAGGAAAGUUUACUACGAAGUCAUACAGGUCAUCAAGACGAACAAGAAGCACAUCCACAGCCGCAGCGUUCUGGAGUGCGCCUACCGCACGCAUCUGAUCGCCGGCGUGGGCUUCUACCAGCACCUGCUGCUCUACGUCCAGUCGCACUACCAGCUGGAGCUGCAGGACUGCAUCGACUGGACGCACGUCACCGACCCGCUCAUCGGUCAGCAGUCGCAAACACGCGCUUGGGCGCAGUCAGGGAACCAAAUGCAAAGCCGGAAGAAGGCGGUGUCGGCCUCCCCCAAGGAAAUGGAGUGGGCGCAGAUGGCCUGUCACCGCUGCCUGGUCUACCUCGGAGAUCUCGCGCGCUACCAGAACGAGCUCGCCGGUGUGGAGGCCGAGCAUCUGGCCGAGAGGUUCUACCACCAGGCGCUAUCCGUCAUGCCGCACAUGGGAAUGCCUUUCAACCAACUGGGGACGCUGGCCGGAGGCAAGUUCUACAACGUGGAAGCAACUUACUAUUACCUUCGCUGUAUCCAAUCGGAGAGCCCCUUCGAGGGCGCCUACGGCAACCUGAAGCGCCUCUUUGACAAAGCGGCCAAGAUGUACCAGCAGGUGACGAAGCAGGAGAUGAAGAAGCUGUCACCGUCUCGACAGAGAUACAGAGACAUCAAGCGUCUCCUGGUGAGCUUCAUGUACCUGACGAGUCUGCUGCAGCCCAAGAACAGCCUGAUGGAGUCAGAGUUGACCUCGCUGUGCCAGUCGGUGCUGGAGGACUUCAACCUGGUGCUCUUCUACUUGCCGCCGCACGGCCACAAUGCCGCCGUUCGCCACUCCCUCAGCGAGGAGGAUGACGAGCAGCAGCAGCACGCCGCCGACGGCUCCUGUGCCGUGCUGCCAGACACGCUCGUGUUCAAGAUGGUGGUGACGUGCCUCAUGGUGGUGCACAGCCUAAAGAGAGGAGGCUCAAAGCAGUACAGCGCGUCCAUCGCUUUUACGCUGGCGCUCUUCUCGCAUCUGGUGAACCACGUGAACAUCCGGCUGCAGGCUGAACUGGAGGAGGCGGAGAGCCAGGUGCCGCCGCUCAACACGGACGCCACAGAUGACGUGGGCGUGAAGGACACGGACGGCCCAGGCGAGCGACCUCUGCAGAACGGCUCCCUGGAGCGAGAGGAGGAAGAGGAGGAGGAGGAGCACGCCAUCGUGAAGAGCUGCGUCAAGGAAGAGCAUAAGUCGGGCGAAGACAAACAGAAGCAGCAGAGGAAGUACGCCCGCCUGUCACGCCUGCGCAGACGCCGCAAAGACCGCGGCGGUGAGGACGAGAGUGACCUGAGCGAGGGCUUUGAGAGCGAAGAUGAUGAAGGCGAGGAGGAGGACGUGGCCCCCGCGGCGAGAGAUCGCCCCGCUUCUCCCGGUUGCCCCCCACCCGCCGCGCCACCGAAUCUGGCCGCCCUCCGGAAGGAGAUGAAGGAGGCCUGCUGGGGGAGCGGCUCCGAGGAGGAGGAAGAGGAGGGCGGCACGGCUUUCGACGUGGAGACGGACUCUGAUAUGAACAGCCAGGAGUCCCGCUCGGACCUGGAGGACAUGGACGAGGCGGAAAACUGCGAGCACCGACAGACUCCGAUCCGCGAGCGGCGGGACGGUGAAGAUGAGGACGCCAAGGAGGAAGGCGACCAAACGCCCCCCGCCGCCAACGGGCCUCUGGGGGCUAGCGACGCCAGCAUCAGCAGCAACCUCCAGGCCAUGUCCACGCAGCUCUUUCAGGCGAAACGCUGCUUUCGCCUGGCGCCCACAUUCAGCAACGUGCUGCUCAGGCCUCAAGCCUCCUCCUCGCCCUCCGCGAGGCCCCCACCCGCUGACGACUCCGCCGCUGCAUCUUCCCGGGAGACCCCUGCCGCUGCCGCUCAAUCACCCUGCGAUAUGAAUCAGAGCGCCCCCAAUGGGACCAAUGAAAAUGACUUGGACUCGGACUCGGAGGGAAGCCAGCUCAGCGCCCCGUCGGUGCACAGCGAGAAGACGCUCCUGGAGAGGCUGGAGAUCCUGACCAAUCAGGGCUUGAUCCAGGUGGUGAAGGUGUUCAUUGAUUGGCUCAGGACUAACACCGACAUCAUCCUCAUGUGUGCGCAGAGUUCCCAGAGCCUCUGGAACCGCUUGUCUGUGCUCCUCAACCUGCUGCCAGAUGGAAACAAGAUGCUUGAAGCCGAGGCGGACUUGAACCCGGAGGUGACGGAGCUGCUGGGCGAGUGCGAACGUCCCGCGCUGGUCCAGACGCUGCUGCUGCCCGAGGACGUGGCGCUGAGGCACCUGCCCGCCCUCUGCGUCCCUCACCGCCGCCUCGACUUUACCCGGCGCGGCGCCUCCCUCAGCCCGCUGCAGGAGUGCGUGGUACGCGUGUGUUGCAUUCGCAGUUUUGGCCACUUCCUCACCAGUCUCCACGGCAACGUGCUGCACUUCAACCCGGAGGCGGGCAUCUUCACCAGUGUCAGCCAGUCGCAACCAGACGACCUGCUGCAGCAGGCCAAGGCCCAGUUCCGAAUGGCUGAAGAGGAGGCCCGGCGCAAUCGGCUGAUGCGGGACAUGGCUCAGCUUCGACUGCAGUUGGAGGUGUCGCAGCUGGAGGGCAGCCUUCGGCACCCCAAGGCGCAGUCGUCGUCCAUGUCGCCUUACCUAGUGCCCGACGCCGCCGCCCUCUGCCAGCACUUGAGCAUCGUCCGACAUCUGGCGGGCAGCGGCUGCUUCAUCGUCAUCAUCCCGAGAACAGUGAUCGACGGGCUGGACCGACUGAAGAAGGAAAACGCCGGCGCGCGUGACGGCAUCCGCUUCCUUGAGUCUGAGUUUCGGAAAGGCAACAGGUACAUCCGCUGCCAGAAGGAGUCGGGCCGAAGUUUUGAAAGAGAUAAGCUAAAACGUCAAGACCUCGACGCCUGGCAUCUGUACAAGAUGGUGGACAGCUGCCGCCAGCUCAGCGUCUCCCAGAGCAACGACGACGACGCGGCCGGCAUGGUGACCCUUCUCACCGGACAUCGAGUGGACGAGCUGUGCGGCCGCUCGCCGGCCAUGCAGUCUGCCGUCCAGGCGGCGAUCUCGGCGGGCGUGGAGCUGAAGAACAUCGCCGACUUCUACCGGCAGUGGAAGGAGAUCGGCUGAGAGCGGAAAACGGAAAACGCCGCCAAUGUCGGAUCGAUCGCAACACUCGCUCCCUCUCUCGCUCUCUUUCUCUGUCUCUCUAUCUCGCUCUCUCUCUCUCUCUCUCUCUCUCUCUCUCUCUACCCCCUCCACUCUUUUUGCUCUGUGUGUAUCUGCGUCUCCCCCCAAAAAAGUCAACAUGAAGUCGGACAGAUGAAAAGAGUUGAAGCUUAUUAAGGGAGUUGAAAGACAAUAAGAGGAACACGAAAGGGCAAACGCCUUCUUCCAAAGCGGGUGACGCCAGGCUCCGCCCCCUCGCGGCGGUUCGGCGGGCCAGAGUGCCGCGACGGCAAACUAACUGGCUCGCUCGCCGGCGCGCCGCUUCCUUCCCGGCCGGGAGCGCACUCCGUAUGUUCGGAGAGAGAGAAGACGCACACACACUCGCACACGUACGCAGAUGAAUUGAAGUCAAUUAGUGUUCCCUCCCUCACGUUGUUUUUGGCAGGAGGGCGAGUGACGAGCAUCUUUCCAAUCCAGAGAGAGAGAAAAGCACAACCCCACUGCAAAAAUGAGCACCAGGCUGCGGUGGUGGCCCAGCGGGAAAUUAAACAAAAAAAAAUAAUUUUAAAAACAAAACAAAAAAAAGCUCCUGGAGGGUUGUUCAAGAGGUGUACCUCUCUUGUCCUUUUUUUUUUGUGCUGUUCCUUUUUGUGACCAGCCUCUUAACAAUAUUCACUUGAUGUUUGCGGCCUGAUUUGGCUUUGGGCUGAAAUUUCAGGAUGAAGCUCAAAUGUAUAUAAAUGUAAAUCAUCUUUACAGGUAACUUCAUUUGACCUUGUGUGAACUUUGGAACGCACAUCUCCAACGUCCACUUGUAUGCCUUUCUGUGACUCUUCCAGUCUGUAAUGUAGCAACCUGCUGAUGGCGCUCAUCCUCAUGUUGGGAGAGGGAAGAGGCCACUGAGCUUUGAGCAUCGUUAGCGGGUUGCAACAGAGACCGAAAGAGUCACAGAAAGGCAGACAACUGGACGUCCUUGGAAAUCUUCAUGGAUCAAACGCCUGUUGUGGAUUUUGCCAUAAUGGUCCAGCCAGUUGUGCGAAAAGUACUGCAUGCCAGAAAUAGUUUUUCCUCCAAAAAUAAUUUCAUUGUUCUAGGAAAGAAAUCAAACUGACAUCCCUUUUUUUUGUAAAAUUCCAAUUAUUGUUCUUUUCCCCUCCAAAAAAUUCAACUUCAUUCUCUAAAUUUUUUUUUUAACGUUACUUAAAAAUGUUUUCGGCGGCACGGUGGCGACUGGUUAGAGCGUCAGCCUCACAGUUCUGAGGACCCGGGUUCAAUCCCCGUCCCCGCCUGUGUGGAGUUUGCAUGUUCUCCCCGUGCCUGCGUGGCUUUUCUCCGGGCACUCCGGUUUCCUCCCACAUCCCAAAAACAUGCAUAAAUUGGAGACUCUAAAUUGCCCGUAGGUGUGACUGUGAGUGCGAAUGGUUGUCUGUUUGUAUGUGCCCUGCGAUCGGCUGGCAACCAGUUCAGGGCGUACCCCGCCUCCUGCCCGAUGACAGCCGGGAUAGGCUCCGGCACGCCCGCGACCCGCGUGACGAGAAGCGGCUCAGAAAAUGGAUGGAUGGAUGGAUAAAAAAUAUGUUUCCUCAAAAAUUGAACUUUUGUUCCUGGACAAAUUAUCCACAUUCUUCUCAAAAUGAGCCACCUUUAUUUACAUAGGGAUCAUUCUUUUUAGUUGGAAAAACAACUUUUCUCUCACAAUAUAAUAAAGAUUUCAAGUUUACGCAAGGUCAAAUGAAGUUGACCAGUUGUAAAGGUUUUUGUGCAUUUUAGGUGCGUCUAGAAAUGGAUGGCCCCAUACGAUAUCCAGAUUUUGUUUGUUCUGUGCUCUUGAGAAAAAGGAAACGGCAACCCUGUGAUGAAGCUCAUUUGGGUUUUAUUUUUGUACCCAAACAAUAAUGGUGUUAAUUAUGCUUUUUUUUGUUUUUAAUGCAAGAAUGUCUAAGGGAAAGCCAGUUUAUUUAUCAAGGUGUCAAAUAUGGGUUUUGUAACCUCCAAGAAAGGUUUGAAAUGUCUCCCGUCUACAUGAUGACUGUCUCCAUAUUCGUGGUGAGCGUCCCGUCGUAUACAACAAGACAAGCGGCAUCCGUGUGCGGACGUGCGUUGAACAAUUAAAACAAAGAUCAUUGA